GGCACUUCGUCUUGCUGUGGUGAAUUAUACCGUCCGAAAAUUUACAAGGACUAAUAUUUUAGUGGAAUGAUCUGACGGUCACUGAGGCGGCUGGAAUUUAUUAAUAAUUAUUACACAUUUCGAUUACUUGUGAAAGACCACGGACAUAGGCAAUGCCUUUUAUGGUAAAACGACCGGUCCCUGUGGCAAGUUACCGUAAUUUCUAUAAAUAAAUAGUUUUGUUUACACGAGUAUAUAUAUAUCGUCGUGUGUGAAUUUUGAAGAAUGACGGUUGUUUUGUUUCAUAUUUAACUGAACCCGUGGAGCUGGUUGCAAUGGUUACAUGUAAGGAAGUGAAAGACUAUUUAAUGAGUAAGAACGAACAUGUACAGAAGCUAGAGGCUGAGCAUGUAUCUCCCGGGUCUCAACAAAAUAUCUGGAUGACCUUAAUGACCACGCCUGUGGACAGUUACAACGAAGUUUACCCCUCACUCUUCCUUGGUGACUACACAAUAGCUAAGAAACCGGAGAAGCUGAAGCCGAUUGGAAUUACGCACGUGGUUAAUUGUGCUUGUGGUUCUACUUUCAACAUGAUCAAUACAGACCAAAACUUCUUUGAAGAUUCCGGAAUAAAGUUCCAUGGUAUUGCAGCUGUUGAUGUUUGGAAAUUUAGGAUGAGUCCUUACUUUCUGGACGCUGCAAAUUUCAUUGAACAAGCAUUGGAAUCUGGUGGUAAAGUGUAUGUUCACUGUAUGUCCGGUGUGAGCCGGUCAUCCACUAUUGUUCUAGCGUUUCUGUUGAUGAAGAGGAACAUGGCUGUCAUGGAUGCCGUGAAAACCGUGCGGAACAAACGAAAAAUAUUACCAAAUGACGGUUUUUUGAAAGAGCUAGUAGAGCUUAGUAAUAGCUUGUAUUCAUCGCAAACACAAGGAGAAAGGACUUGUUGAAGAUUUUAAUAAUAGCAUGACUUCAUUAUAGGUAGUUGGAUAAUGAACAUUAUGUUCCUGACUUACUUUCACUUGUGUAACUGAAAAAUGAACAUUAUGUUUCUGACUUAUUUUCACUUGUGUAACUGAAAAAUGAACUUUAUGUUUCUGACUUACUUUCACUUGUGUAACUGAAAAACGAACUUUAUGUUUCUUACUUAUAUAACAUUUGCAUAACUGAAGGAUGAAAAUUGUUUCUGAUUUAUAUCACUUGUAUAACUGAAGGAUGAACAACCUGCAUCAAUAUUUGUAUGAUUUUAAUGAUACGAAGCAUUGUCGCCACCUUGCAGAAUUCUGAUCAGCUGCCAUGACAGUUACAGUGGUGCUCGUUUAGAUAAUGAUAUGCAAUUGUUUUUGUGAAACCAUCGCAAAAAUGCAACAAUCUAAAACUGUAUUUUCUGGAGGCAAGUGGGUAACGUGCGUAAGUGGGUGGGGUGGAUUGAAACAAACAUUUUGCAUAAAUUUAUCAUAAAGUUGUAGAACUUUCUGUGCAAUCUUUGUAUUUAAGGAGGUAGGUUACCUUCAUAUUUGUAUGUGCGCAUGUCCAACCGGAAGUUAACGUGACGAUUUACGACGACGUUUACGACAAAUUAAAUGUGUUUGUAUAUUCAUUCUCCUGAAAACAAAUCAUGAACCUGCCUCCGAUCUGUUACUUUAUGGUUUAAUAAUGCAGAAAUAAUGAAUCAAUCGCCGCAGAAACGCUUCAAAACAAUGUUGCCUUAAAAUGACGUCAUUGACGUCAUGACGUUACGUGUCAGUUACCGCGCAAAAUUAAUAGCUUUUAUCUUGAAAGUACGUAUUUCUGUGCAUUUUCUUUAUUUUAACUAUCUUCAAAUAACAAAUAUUUGCUGAAAUAUUUGUUAUGAAUCUUUUGCUCUGAAUAAUCAUCAAUAUUUUGCUUCUUUUAUGUAGUUAUAUUGAAACGUUAUGCGGAUUGUAAGAAAAUGGAUGAUGGUAACCAAUGUUAUUUGGAAUAUAGUUGGAUGAAAGGUUACUUGUAACGGCCAUUUUCAAAUAAAAAAUCUAGCAGUUUGAUUUGUAUUACCUAUUUUUCAGGUUCCAUUGAUAAUUUGUUACUUAUAUAUUAAAAAUAAGAUCUAAAACUGUUCAAUUUUCAGUAGAAAAAUGUGAUUCCUUAAAUUUAAUUGAUGUUACCAUGGAAACGAAGCCCGUGACCUAUGUAUCUAAAUGUAAAAUUCAAAAGCGUUGACACUGGUCUAUUUAAGAAACACAACUUCGGCUUUUUAUUUUCAUUUCAACAAUAUCCAUAAGAAUAAUAUCAGCAUGCUGAACGAUUUUUCCAUGAAAAAUGCCAGGCGAGGGGUACUGCCGUAUGUAUUCUAAGCUGUAAAAUUUGUUUGAAUAAAUGCAAAUAACAAGAAAAUAUAACUUACGUUAGAAAUAAUAUGUUUUAAAGCUACAGUAACUAGAAAGAUAAUCUUAUUCAAUAUUUUUUUUAUAAGAAAUUACGACAAAAAGUAAGAUAUAAGCUAUUUUAAACAUCUAUGUUGCCAUGGUUACUGUAAACUUUAAGAAAACUAGGGUACCAUGUAAAGUGCAUGGUAUGUUGCUUCUAAUAUUUCCCAAAUAUUCCAUGUUAGUCAUUAACAGAAUGCCACUUAGGCGGUCGAAAACCCC